AUGUCUCUCCGCCCGGCGCUCUACGCCUCCACCGGUCCGGCAGCCCGGACAGGGUCUUCGCGCACCCCGAAUCGGCAGCUCCGGGAUGCUUGGCUCAGACACCGCAGGAGUGUGGGCCAGCAGAGCCAGGCGGGCAAGAUUCCUUUGGCGUCGAUCUCCCUGGGUCUCGGUGGCCUCCUCGCCGGGGCGCGUGCCCGGCAUUUCUCGAAGACCAGCUCUGGGCCUUGGCUCCGUCGAUCAGGGGCUCUAGGCCUCCGGGCGCCUCUCUGCCGGGCUUUGGCUACCGAGACCUUGGCUACGAAGGUUUUGGCAGAGGGUCCGGAAAUCCGCACCCCACCAGGGGAUCCGCGCUCGUACCGAGUGCUGCAGCUGGAGAACGGGCUUCAAGUAUUGCUGGCAUCAGACCCCAGCGCAAGCACGUCGGCAGCUGCGUUGACAGUGCACUGUGGGACGUUCCAGGAUCCCCAAGACCGACUUGGAUUGGCCCACUUCCACGAGCAUAUGCUGUUCCUGGGCACCGAAAAAUUCCCCAAGGAAGACGAGUACAGCAAGUAUCUUAGUGAGCAUGGCGGUGACAGCAAUGCCUUCACCAUGUCCGAGUACACUACGUACUACUUCAAGGUAGCUUCGCCCUUCUUGGACGAAGCCUUGGAUCGUUUCGCGCAGUUUUUCAUCAGUCCGACCUUCGACCCAUCCGGCAUUGAGAGGGAGAUGAAGGCGGUGGACUCCGAGAGCACCAACUACUCCACCGAGGACGGUUGGCGACUUCUCCAGGUUUUAAAGGCCACCGCCGCCCCGGAGCAUCCCUUCUUCAGCUUUGACGUGGGCAAUCUGGACACACUGGGAUCGAACGACUUGGACAACACUCGGAAGCAGUUGGUGGAGUGGAACAAGACUCACUACCAAGCCGGUGCGAUGAAGCUUGUGGUCGUGGGAAGCGACAGCUUGGAUACACUGCAGGAGUUGGCAACCGAGAAGUUCUGCAGCGUUCCCGCGGGCAGCGGCCGAGAGAUGGUCUAUCCGGUCAAGCCCUGGCCGUCAAGCCAGGUGGGUCGCGUCGUGAAGUGCGUGCCGCUGAAGGACUCUCGGUCGAUCUCGGCUUGCUGGCCACUUCCACCCGUGCAGAAGUACCUGUUUGCAAAGCCGGAGCUCUACUUGGCGCACCUCCUUGGCCACGAGGGUGCCGGCUCCCUUCACGAUGCCCUCAACCAGUUCGGCUGGGUCGACCAGCUGUCUUCUGGCACCGCCCAUUCGUUCACCGAUGAGCAGCUUUUUGCCAUCAACAUCACGCUGACUCCUGAGGGCGACGCACACCGGGAGGAGGUCUUGGCUUUGCUGUUCGAGUACGUCGAGACCAUCCGAUCAGCCGGGCCGAAGGAGGAGAUUUUCAAGGAGCUCGCCUCUCUUCAAGAGAUUGGCUUCGCUCACAAGGAGGACUCCCCGCUGCCAGAUGACUUUGCAGCCUCUGCAGCCAUGGCCCUGCACAGGUACCCUGCAAAUGAAGUGCUGCGAGGACCGUUUGCUCUGGAUGAGUGGCGAUCGGAUGUCGUUGCCGAGUAUUUGUCAACCCUCACUCCGACGAACUGCCUCAUCAUGGUCACCAGUGACGGCUUCAGGGAAGAGAGCACAGCCCAGAGUGCCAGUGAUCAGGGCUGGAAGCCGGAGGAGUGGUACAAGGCCUACUACAAGUUGGAGGCCCUGGACAAGGAUCACUUGGAUCAGUGGCGGGAAAAGCUGGAAGUGGCUCUCCAGGGCCAGCCCUCGGGUCUGAAACUUCCCGAACCCAACCGCUUCAUCCCAAACGACUUCUCCCUGCGUGCUUCGGACGGCGAGGGUGCAGAGGUCACAAAGCUCCCCAUGGAGGUCCUGCCCCCGAACCCGCUGAUGGACAGCGGCAUGCUCCGGCUGUGGCACAAGGUGGACAAGGCGUUCAAGACGCCUCGAGAGUACGUUCUGGCGCACGUGCACACCGCUGCCUACGAUGCUGGGCCUGAGGUCGUGACAAUGAUGAGACUGUUUUGCAGCGUGGUCAGCGAUGACCUGAACACUUUCUCCUACGAUGCAAGCGUGGCUGGCCUGGGCUACAACUUGGAGUUUGCAGACAACUUGACGAUGUCAGUCGGUGGCUUUAACGACAAACUCCCGGACCUUUUGAAGGUCGUCGUGGGGCGCAUUGCCACACUCCUGGAAGAGAUCGAGACUAUCGCUGAGGCCGUGAAGGGCGCAAGCAGCGAGGAGGAGCUGCUCGCAGCUCUUGGGGACCGGGGCCAGGAGCUGCUGGAAAAGCUGGAGGUUCAGCGACAGAUCCUUCUCCAAGACUACAAGAACUUCACUCGCGAGGACCCUUGGUCUGUUGGCAACUACUACUUGUCGCAGCUGACGAUGCGUAAGUCUUGGCAUUUGUCGGAGUACAUCGAGGUGUUGGAAAGAGGACCAGAUCUCGCUGCAACUGCAGCAGCCGUCCGCACGGCCUUCAGUCAUGUCCAGGUGGACAUGCUCGUGCAUGGCAAUGCGACGGCGGAAGAGGCCAAGAGUGUAGCUGACACGGUUUGCGCCUCGCUAAAACGCCUGGGCGCCGAGCCCCUGAAGGAGUUGAGGAAGAAGGAGAUCACGCAGCUGCCUCUGAAUUCUACCACCGUCUUCGAGUACGACCUUGCUGCCCUCAACCCUGCGCAGGAGAAUUGCAGCACGCAGGUUGUCUACCAGGUGGGUCCAACCAACGAGGACUUGAGCCGCGAUGCCUGCGUCUCCCUUGUCUGCCGGAUAGCCCACGUCUCGGCAUUCCAGAGGCUGCGCACGGAGCUGCAGCUGGGGUACAUUGUGCAAGCUUUUCCGUGGGUGAACGAGCACAUCUGCGGAUUUUCAGUGCUGGUUCAGGGCCCCCACGAGCAUCCCCAGAAAGUGGACGAGCUCAUUGAAACCUGGCUCGAGGACUUCGGUCAGGAGCUCGAGGCCAUGACAGAGGAGGAUUUCCAAAAGAACGUGGAGGCACUGGUCAACGAGAGGACUCAGCGAUACUCCCGCCUUCUGCAGGAG